AUGGAGAACCCUAAAAUUGCUCUUCUCUUAGCAAUCGCCUGCCUUCUCACCGCCACUGCCACCGCCACCGCCGCCGGCGCCGGUGAAACCUCAUGGAUCCAAACCUUCUGCCGAGGAAACAAAUCCACAACCAAGCUCCAUUUCUACGUCCACGACGUACGAGCCGGCCCUAACGCCACGUUGUUCAACGUCGCCAAUUCCUCCAUCACCGCCACUUCCCCCACCGCCUUCGGCCGGGUCAACGUCUUCGACGACAGCGUCACGGUGGCGCCGGACAUCACCUCCGAGGAGGUCGCCCGAGCUCAGGGGACCACCACUUCCAUGGACCUUAACGUCCAGGCAUACUCCAUGAACCUCAACUUUUUCUUGACGUCGGGAGAGUUCAACGGCAGCACCGUCACCGUCAUCGGCCGGAACCAGUUCGCCGACGAGGAACGCGAGCUGUCGGUGGCCACCGGCUCCAAGGCCUUCCGGGACGCUCGCGGGUACGCGAUUACGAAGACCGUCUCUUUUGAGGAGGCCACAAAUUACAGCGUUCUCGAGUACACGAUUUAUGUCAAGACUUCUAAAAGAUGUUCUUACGUCGCGAGCGCGAGCAGUUAG